UAUCUACCUAGCUUUCUUAUAGUUAUUGUCUCUAUCUUUUUCUAUCAUUCAUUAUCUAUUUCUUCAUCUAUCUAUCUCAAUCUUACAAUCUGUCUCACUAUCUCUGUCUGUCUCAUACAGCAGCUGUUUGUUUGCAUAUCUGUUGUGUCUGUCUGUCUGUCUGGCUGGCUGGCUGUGUUGCAAUGGCAACAAAACACAACCCAGACCCCAAUAAUCCCACAUCCAAAGAAGGGAAACGCAUGGCUCUUGAGCUGAAGCAUGAACACAUGCUAGCUGAAGCUAAGAAAGCAGCUGAGGAGAGGAAACGGGCACGCUCUGUAGGAGACACUUUACAGUCCCCUAAAAGGGGCUGUGUAGGACGUGGCAAGCCGAGAGGGAGGCGUGGAGGGCGACGCCAAGGCUCAGCUACAGUCACAUCCCCCCCGACUGAGGGCUUCCAGUCAUCCAGUGUGGAGGUUCUGCGUACUGAACCUUCAGCACAACAUGAAUUUGAAAAGAAUAUGGAGAGACUCUCUGACAUUCUUUCCUCAUGUCCUCCUCCUGAGCCUCAAAGAAGCUCUGCCUCAUCCUGGUCUUUUCGGCAGCAGAAAGCCUCAGAGCGCUGGAAAGAAGCGAGACCACACCACCUACAAUGCCUUCUAGAAAAAGAGGCUGUUGGUCAUCCCCUGUGUGGCCUCUGCCACGAGCCGGCUGUUAUUAGGUGUAGAGAGUGUCUCCCCGAGGAGUGGUUCUGUGGAGACUGUGAUGUACUUCAUCACAAGAAACAGCCACUCCACAACAGGGACAGUUUAAUUAAUGGGUUUUUUAAACCAAUUAGUCCAACAACGUGUGUUGUUAGAGUGGAAGGUGGAUAUGACACCCAUGACCAAGCUUGCAUAUUGCCAACUGUGAAGGCACCCAACUGCUCCUGUAAAGGCAAAAACGUCACUGUGGUACCAGGCAAACCAGUGAUUUUAAUUACCAUCAAUGGGCGUUAUGACUUGCAUCUGCCACUAUAUGUCUGUCAAACUUGCCAGCAGCAGUGGACCCCCGACUUGAAAGUCCUCCUUAAGAGUGGAUACUGGCCAGCUUCGGUCAGUAUUUCCACACUUUACACCUUGGACCUCAUGAGCUCCUUUGAAGAGCUCAAGGUCAUCUCUCCGGGAUUCUCCAGACAGGCCUUUGCAAAGCUGCUGGAGCAUCGCACAAAGUGUGGAGGAAGAUCUGGACCUGUCAACGGAGAUGCACUGCAGCGCAGCUUUCUGGAGUUCUCCUAUGCCUCGUAUGAGGAAGACCAGCUCUGCUGUGGUGCUCCUUUCAUCUGCCCUGCCUGCACGCCGGAGAUGUUGGCUGUUUCUGCCGAUGGAAACAGGAAGCUCUAUCGCUUUCGGCGAAGUGGAAGUUCUGAUGGCAGCGCCUUUUUUAAUGGGCUCUUUGUAGCAGAAGACAGCGUGGUGGCUGCAUUUGUCGACAAAAUACAGAGAUCACUGAAAAAUACCCAGGGAAGAGGCACAUGUGGGGACUCCCAGUGGACAGCAGCGAGGGAGACGUCAAGGAGGGCUUCUAAGCUGGAUGAAGAAGGGAUGGAGGUGGCUGUAUGUCGCCAUGGGUUUCUUUUGAAGGCCUUAAAUAUGUACAGGGGGGAGAUAUUCGCCUACCCCCUGUAUCUUCAAAAGGAACUCAUGCCAGCCAAAGCCAUGUUCUUCGCCAUGGAUGUGGCUUGCAAGUACUGGCCGUACAUGGAGAAAGCUGCAAGUGUCCUUCCUGCUCUCCAGGAGCUGACCACCAUGAAGCCAUUCCUCAGUGUAAUGCAUGCUCGAGCCCAUGCUACCAAAUGCGAGAUUAUAUGGAGUGGGAAGAACCAGGAGGGAGCAGGGAUGACCGCCGGGGAAGAGGUGGAGCAGGUCAACAGCUACCUGUCCCGUUGUGCCCUGACAACCAAAUACAUGUCCAAAGCAGCACGACUGGACAUGCUCACAGUGCAUGCUAUGGGAUGGAACAGGAAAAAAGGUGACUCCCUUCAUCAGGCACUUUCCACAAGAUAUGUGAAGACUAGUAAGAGGCUCCUGGAAGAGACUGCAAGUCUUGAGGAACUCAAGACGGAGCUACAUUGUGUCUCAGAUGACAUGGUGUCGACGUGGAUUUCCGACGUGAAGGAAUGGGCAUCUGACAGCAGCAAGCUCCGUCAUCGACUUCGAAGGAAGCUUGCAGACGACAAAAAGCGCCUUAACCAGGAGAUACUGAAGUACAACCAGCUGGUACACGACUCUGCCAGAGGCAUAGAUGUUGCUGCGGUGGAGCAUUCCCUCUCUGGAGGGAGCAUCAUGUCCGCGCUGUGGCCGUGGGAAGUUCAUGGCAUGGCUAACUUUACAGCCAAGAAAAAGAUACUGGAUCAAGUGAUGCUUACACGGAGACUGCAAGAGGAGAAAGGCAUCCUAUUGUUGGAGAUGGCGCAGCAUUGCACAUGGUUGCAGAACAUGGCAGUUGCUCUAAAAAAUAAGGUGGCUGAGGAAGAUGUAGACAAGGGGAAUGUAGGACUUGGGUGCACCCUAAGAAGGAAGCAUGCUGAGGCGUCGGAGAGGUUGCAGGUGGUACUGCAGCAGUACAAGACUGCUUUAGGUCCUGAUGCUUCUUUCCUUCAACAUGAAGAGGAAAGUCAAAGUGGCCUAAGCAGUCCAGACACCAGUGAGGAUGAAGGAAACAUCAUUUAG